AUGGGCAAUUGUAAAGAAUUCGAUCCUACAGGCAUCUCUAAUUAUUACAGCAAUAAAGUAAGAGAUGUUAUUUCCGGGUUAAAAAAAAAGCCAGCAAUAGUGGCCUUUUUUGCAAAUCCCGAUGAGGGCAAGAUAAGAAUUGCUGAAUCAAUAAAGCGUGCUUGCUUAAAGACAGGUAUAUCUUUUGAGCUUUCUCAAGUUUCUAAAUACGAUCUUGAGGAGGAGGUACUUAAAGCUAAUGAAGACGAGGCUAUCACAGGAAUUAUAAUCAAUUACCCUGUUUUUGGAAAUAGACAGGAUGAAUAUUUAAAAAAUGUUAUACUUCCUGAAAAAGAUGUUGAAGGGCUGUGCCAUAGAACAAGGUAUAACAUAUUUCAUAAUAUUCGGACUACAUCCAAUGGUCACAAACCAAUCCUUCCAUGCACCCCUUUGGCCAUUAUGAAAACUUUAAAACAUUUGGGGGCGUACGAUAAAAGGUUGGAAAAAGGAAAUCGAUUAUAUGGAAAGGCUAUUGUCGUCAUCAACAGAAGUGAACGCGUUGGACGACCUUUAGCUGCCUUACUCGCUAAUGACGGUGCUUGCGUGCAUUCCGUUGACAUAUCCGACAUUCAGGCAAUGUCUCGCGGGCCUGGAUUGAAAUUCCCCAAGUUUAAGUUGAUAUCAGCACGAAUGUCUUUUGAAGAAUGUCUUAAUAAUGCAGAUAUUAUUAUUUCGGGAGUCCCAUCUAAAAGCUAUAAGAUUCACCAGAAGUUAAUAAAAGAAGGUGCAAUAUGUAUCAACUUUUCAUCAGACGAGAAUUUUGACGCAUCAAUAAAGCUACGAGCUUCCGUUUUUGUUAAAUCUCUGGGAGAGUUGGAAAGGGUCAUGCUGAUGCGAAAUUCCUUAAGGAGUGCCAUCCAGCAGUCUAACUUCCCUCCAUUAACUCAUUCGAAAUAA